ACGGCCGGAAGUGCGAAGUCCUUCGAACAUGGCGGCCUCGAAGGUGAAGCAGGACAUGCCCCCACCUGGGGGCUACGGCCCCAUCGACUACAAACGGAACCUUCCGCGUCGGGGAUUGUCGGGCUAUAGCAUGUUCGCUGUGGGCAUUGGGACCUUGCUCUUUGGGUACUGGAGCAUGAUGAAGUGGAAUCGAGAACGCAGGCGCCUGCAGAUCGAGGACUUGGAGGCCCGCAUUGCACUGAUGCCACUGUUGCAGGCAGAGAAGGACCGGAGGGUCCUGCAGAUGCUUCGGGAGAACCUGGAGGAGGAGGCCAUCAUCAUGAAGGAUGUGCCCGACUGGAAGGUGGGUGAGUCUGUGUUCCACACAAUGCGCUGGGUGACCCCGAUAAUGGGUGAGCUGUAUGGACUGCGCACGAAUGAGGAGAUUGUCAAUGCCACCUAUGGCUUCAUCUGGUACACGUAGGGGCUGCCUCUCUGCCAUAGGACUCCCCAUGGACAGAAUAAAUGCUCUGGAUAUCUGC